ACAAGAAGCUGAGAGAGAGAGGUAAGCUGGACUAAAUUGCCCUUGCUCGCACGCCCCUUGGCCCACCGCCUGGAGUCGUCUCGCCCGCGGCCGAUCUCCUGCAUCUGCUCGCCGUGCCGCAACCCGGAGGCCGCAGGAGACUGCGCUCAGUCGACCACCACCUGGGGCCUAGCAUCCUCGCGACCAUCUCCGGCACGACGUCCGCCCUCUGCAGCCCCGGUGUCCCUGCGACCGUCGCUGCUGUCCUACUUCGCUACUGGCCACUUUGCCCGGCGACAAGCACCACCAGAACAAUAACGUAAUUCACAGGUACAGUGAUUUGAGAUUCCAUACUACCUGUAGCUUCAUGGUUCCAAGAUCAGCUUCUUUCACCUGAGGUUGUGUUCAAAAUGUUAGUGGUAUGAAAAUUGCCUCAAUUGGGGGCAAUGGCAUCUAGUACAAAAUCCGAUUUAGUGUCUGGUAGCCCUGAUGGGCAUGGAUACUUCAAUGCACAACGUGGGUCCUAUGCAGCUGCUUCAUUGGAAAGGUCAGGAAGCUUCCGUGAAGGCGGUGAUGGCUAUGCGAUGUUUUCAGCAUCAAGCUCAUCAAGGUCAGCUGCAGUGGACUCUAUCAAUCUAGUUCAGUCACUUGCUGUGGACUUGAGACCUGCAACUGUGGAUCACAAAACAUCUCGGUUAGAUCUAAAGAAAUCAAUAAGUUCCAUUUUUGGAACUUCCAUAGAAGAUUCGACAUCAAUCCCAUCUCUAGGGAGAAAUGCACCAAAUGCUAUUGAAGAGAUUAGACGCAUGAGGAGUAAUCUUAAUGACAAUUCAAAUAAGGCCAGGGAAAGAUCUAGAGCUUUUGGUGGUGCUAUUGCGAAGAUUGAUAAACUUUAUCCCAAUAUUGUGCGAAAACGUUCUCGAGGAGACAGUUCAUCUAAUGAACGAUCUAGUGUGUUAUCAUCUGGAGGAGUUACACCUAAAAAUGCUCCUCAGAGCCAUUUAAAUGCAGAUGAUAUGGAACCUGGACUUCAGAGAGAAGAGAGGACAAAGAAUGGAGGACAAAAUAGGAGAAUACGUACAUCCAUGGUGGAGAUGGAUGCAAGGACAGCUGGUCCAUCACGAGGCCCCGGACCUACUGAUAGAAUCUCAGAUCCUGGCAAAGCCACCAAUGGCAGUUCUGCAGUCCCAGAAGAAAAAAUCAGAGGUUUGGCAACUACUAUUGAUGGUUGGGAAAAGCCUAAAAUGAAGAAAAAGCGUUCUUCUGCCAUUAAGGCAGACAUGUCACUGGCUGGUGUUUCGAGGACUGUUGAUGUAGACCGAGAGUCAAAACAAGGCAUGCAACACAAGUUUAGUAAUGAUGGUAGGGCAAGACUGACAAGUUCUCCUAGUUUCAGGUCUGGAACUGUUGCAUCUGGCACAAUUAAAGCAGAUUUGCUUUCUACACAAAAUGGUCUUGUUGUGCGACCCUUAAAUAGGAGUGACCAAGACAGUGGUUUCCAUCCUAUUAACAAAAGGGAACGUCAAGUUGCUUUAGAUAAAGAAAUGCCCAGUCCAAGAACCAUUAACAAGCUUAAUGAAGACGACAGUGGAUGUAAUAUUGCCUCAUUACCGAAGGCGAAUGGAUCUGCGCGCGGACCCCGAUCAAAUUCAGGGUCAAUAUUGAAGUCAUCUCCAAACAUUCAUCGAUCACAAGCUAGUUCAGAUGAUUGGGAACAUCCUUCUGGUACAAAUAAGUUAAUUUCUGCUGGUGGAUCUGGCAAUCAUAAACGUACAAAAUCUACGCAUUCAUUAUCUCCUCCAACCCAGUGGGGUGGGCAGAGGCCUCAGAAGAUAUCCCGUUCAGCAAGGAAGUCAAAUUUAGUCCCUAUAAUCACUACUGAUAGUGCACUGGUACCAGGUUCGCUGGACAGUCCUGUCAAUGAAGAUUGUGCAGGUUUACCAAGGCGUGCAUCUGUAAAUGGUCUUCAACAAACAAAACGAGAUCAUGGGCUCUCAACUGGAUCGGAAGGCGAUGAGCCUGUAGUUGCUGAGAAAAAGCUAAGGGACAAGGGCAAAAGGGCUGGUGAACUGGAUGAUGGGCAUGGCUCUGGUUUUCAGAAGAUUGCUAUGCUUGGGCAUCCUUCCAAAAGGAAUAAGUUGUCUGCUGAUGAGGAUAUUGGAGAUGCUGCAAGGAGACAAGGAAGAGUUGGUCGGGGUUUUACUCUGACCAGGCCUGGCGCUCCUGUAUCCAUUGACAAGCUUGAAAAUGCUCCAACUACAAAACAAAGAAGUGUGAGGACAGUCUCAGAGAGAACCGAGAGUAAAUCUGGGAGACCACUGAUGAAGAAAAUAUCUGAGCGGAAAGGUAAUGCACGGCCUAGGCAUACAAGUAGCAGUGUGCAGUCAGACUCUCCUGUGCAAUCUGAAGAUGAUCAUGAGGAACUUCUUGCUUCAGCAAAUGCUGCCCUGAGAUCUGCUUGUGCAAGCUCAUUCUGGAGGCAGGUUGAACCUUUCUUCGCCUUUUUGACUGCAGAAGACAUCACAUAUCUUAGUCAACAGAUACAUUUGCCAGAUGAUUCCACCUCAAGUAGGUCAAUGGAAGGGGAUGAAUGCCAAAAAUAUAAGGGUGGUCUUGAAUACGUUUCACAGCCCUCGACUCCAGCCGCUAGCAACAAAGAUGAUCACGCUGCCCUUCCAAAUGGUUUUGGCUUGAAUCAGUUGGAUAAUGGCAUAGGGGUCGGCUGGGAGGCAAGCUGCAUAGAACCUAUCCUUGAUCAACUUGUCCAUGGCAUUGGGGUACCAGGAUGGUCUUCAGUUGGCCAAAGACUUAUUCAAGCAUUGAUCGAUGAAGAUAGGAUUGAUAGUAUUACCAACAACACUUAUGUAAGCGAGGGAUAUGCAUUUGAUACACAUGAAAUUCAUUUUGAUGAAGGAGGAUGGAAGUCUCACUCAAAUAACUAUAAGUUAGAACCUUUAAUGAAUUUUGAAGCUUCAAGGAGGGGCCCAAAUGGUCUGAUAAUGGAUUCUGACUGGAAAUAUAAUGAUGAAGUGUCACAUAAAAGUGGCAAUGUCAUGGAUAAAGCCAAGGUGUGGCCUGAGUUUCAGUACAGUGAGAUGUGCUUCAGUGAUAGGAUUAUCAUUGAGCUGAGUGAAGUUGGUGUAUCUAUUGAACCUGUGCCUGAUCUUGCACAGAGCGAGGACGAGGAUAUUAAUGCUGAAAUCUGUAAAUUAGAAGGCCAACUUCAUAAAGAGGUUGUGGAGAAGAAAAACUUGCUAUUGAAACUGGAUGGCAUUGUUACAACUGCAAAAGAGUCUCAGCAGAGGGAAUUCUCACGGCUUGCCAUGGAUAGACUUCUCCUGAGAGCAUAUGAGAAAUAUAUGGCCUUCUAUGGUCCAAAUGUUUCAAGCAGCAAAAAUGUUAGUAGAGCUGGCAGACAUGCUGCUCUAAGUUUUGUCAAACGAGUACUAGUGCGAUGCCAAAACUAUGAGGAGGCAGGGACAAGUUGCUUUGAUGAGCCUACUUUCAAGGAUAUGUUUUUGUCAGCGACGUCUCACAGAAGCAGUCCAGAUGCUGCGUCACAAGAUAAUAAUACAGCAGUGAAACCAGUCCACAGGGCCAGUGCAUCAGAUGCUUCGCGAGGAAGCAGUCACCUGACGGACCUGUCAUUUGCUAAGGAGGAUCCCUGGACAAACAAUGUAAAACAAAGGGAAUUGUUGCUCGAUGAGGUUGUAGGUAGCAUAACAGGAGGAACUUUGAAAACCUCAGGCCUUGGUACUUCCCUAGUCAGCAAUACGAAAGGAAAGAGAAGCGAGAGGGACAGGGAAGGGAAGGGGCACAACAGAGACAGUCUUAGGUCUGGCCGUCCAUCGUCAUCCAAUGCAAAAGGUGAAAGGAAGAAUAAAACAAAGCCCAAACAGAAGACGGCCAACAUAUCUGCUCCUUCAAGCAGUAACCCUAGGGAUCUACAGCUUCCUGCCAAAAUAACACCUCCCAGCAGCGGCAAGGACAACACAACAGCUUCAGCUGCUGCUAGACAUGAUGAUCCGGCAAAUGCUUCAAAUGACGCUGAAAUGCCAGACUUAUCUAACCUCGAGCUGCCAGGAAUGGACGUUGACUUUGGCGGCUGGUUAAAUCUGGACGACGACGAUGGACUCCAGGAUCUCGACUUGAUGGGCCUCGAGAUCCCCAUGGAUGACAUCAACGAAAUAAACCUCAUGAUAUAGCUGUACAUUUUCUUUCAUCUCAGCGGGCCCCCAUAGAAAAGCUCAUGAUAUAGUGCACAGGUAACAUGUGAUUUUCUCACAGUAACCACCAAACCAGCAGUUUUAACACCAGGCCUGUUAGGCUUCACUUAGUUUUGAUAAAGAAAAAGUUUAUAGAGACCUCUUGACAAUCCCAACAACCGCAUGUUGUCCCUUUUUGUACCAGCGUGUAAUUUGCCUCCCUACCUUGUACCCUAUGGUCUUCUGUCUGUGUAGACGUCGGUGUACAUAUCUAUUUUGGUGCGGUACAAGGUAGGGAGGCUAGUUACUCCAUUUAUCGAGGUGUACUCCAAAGGUUGUAUAUAUCAGUAAUUCAGUGUCACCAUCAUCAUUGUCUUACCUGACGUAUUUUUUCUGCUAGCUAGCAGUAUUUUUUUUAUAAUAAAUCAGCCAACGGUAAUUUCA